AUGAAGUUGCCAAGUUUGCGACCGGGAUCCUUUCACCUGCGGCUUCCAGGCGAAUCCUCAAUCUGGAUCAACGAUGAUAUUCGACCGCUCCCUCCUUCCCGCCGCCUCUGGGACACCUGGGCAUACAUCUCGUUCUGGGCCAUCAAUCAGAUUGCAUUGAGUAACUGGCAGCUUGGUGCUUCCCUCAUUGCAGUCGGUCUGUCCGUCUGGCAGACCAUGAUCGCAGUUAUUAUCGGCAAGCUCAUUAUCGCCGGAGUCGCCAUAUGCAAUGGUAUGGUCGGUGCAACCUGGCAUAUUGGUUUUCCGGUUUUGUCGCGGGGCAUAUGGGGAGUCUGGGGAUCCUAUGUCAUUAUCAUCCAGCGCAUUGUCCUGAGUCUGACCUGGUUCUGCGUACAAUCCUGGACCGGUGGCCUCUGUGUCACCGCGGUUCUCAGCUCCAUCUUCUCGGGUUUCCAACACAUGGAGAACACCUUGCCUGAAUCUGCAAACACGACGACGAAAGCAUUGACCGGUUGGAUAGUCUACAACAUCAUAACUAUCCCCAUGCUCUACAUCCCUCCGGAAAAGACCCGACGGUUGUUGUUCGUCAUGAACAUCAUCUCUGUCACCACACUCAUCUCCAUGAUGAUCUACGUCCUCUCCACUGCGAAGGGUGGCGGUCCACUAUUGUCAGCGCCCGCAGCAGCCCAGUCGGGCAGCCAACUGGGUUGGGCAAUUGUGCAGGGUAUAACAACAGUGAUUGGAGGUAUCGCCGUCGGACUCACGAAUCAGACUGACUACUCUCGCUUCGCUCGUCGACCAGGUGACCAGAUCUUUGGCCAGUGGUUCUCCAUCCUCACCUUGGGCACGAUCUUGCCGUUGUUUGGUUGUCUCACCAGUUCAGCAUCCAUCAAGCUGUACGGCGAAGCUUACUGGAAUCCACCUGACCUCUUGCUCCGCUGGCUCGACGAUGACUACAAUUCCAAGGCUCGAGCCGCCGCCUUCUUUGGUGGCUGUGGACUUGUGGUCUGCCAGCUUGCGAUCAACACCAUCGACAAUGCAUUUUCCGCUGGAAUGGACAUGGCUGGUCUGCUUCCCAAGUACUUCAACAUUAGGCGAGGAUCCUACCUGGCUCUCAUCCUUUCUAUUGCCAUGUGCCCGUGGGAGCUGCUUGCCUCGGCUGGGACUUUUAUCAGUGUUAUGGGUGCCUACUCCGUCUUCCUUGGACCCAUGUGUGGCAUCCAGAUCUGCGACUAUUUCUUAAUCCGCCGUCAACGAAUGAAACUAUCAGACCUAUACACGCCCUCCCCACAGGGCAUCUACUAUUACUUCCACGGCACGAACCCGCGCGCAUUUGUGGCGUGGGUCUGUGGCUGGGCACCGCAAUUGCCCGGGUUCAUCGCCAACGUCAACAAGAGCGUGAGCGUGCCAAAGGCUUGCACCGAGAUGUUCUACCUUGCCUUCCCGCUGGGGCUGGCCAUCAGCUUCACACUGUACUAUGGACUCAACAGGAUGUUCCCACCCCAGGGUCUGGGCGAGUACGACGACGUCGACUAUUAUGCAACAUUCACCAACGACGAGGCUGCCAAGCUUGGAGUCUCGCCUUUGGAAGAAACACAGGGAGAGGAAAAGGCUGGGCAGUACGGUUUUCCUGUGAACCAGAAGGUUGUGGAGGCGGACGUGUACGAAACGAAGAAUUAG